AUGGGUGCUUAUUUAUCAUCUCCUAUCUGUGAUAAAGAUACUAUUGAAGGUUCAAAUGAUCGUUUAGCAUUUGCUGCAAGUUCAAUGCAAGGAUGGCGAAUGUCACAAGAAGAUGCACAUAAUGCUAUACUUAAUUUUGAUGAUAAUACAUCUCUAUUUGCUGUUUAUGAUGGUCAUGGAGGAGCUGAAAUAGCUGUUUAUUGUUCACGAUAUUUACCAGAAUUUCUUAAAAAACUUAGUUCUUAUCAAGAUGGACGAUUAACUGAGGCAUUAAUUGAAGGUUUUCUUAAAUUUGAUUCAGUCUUACUUGAUCCAAAUGUUAAAAAAAUGUUACAAAAAAUUGCUUAUGAUGAAAAUGAAGAUGCUGACCAAAAACCACAUGAAUUUGUUGCAUCAUUAAAUCCAAAUGAAGAAAAUCAUCAUAAUGAUGAAUUAAAUGUUGAAGAAGCACAAUUAUUAAAAAAAGAAGCUGAAGUACCUAUUGAAGAACUUCUUAAACGUUAUAAUAGUGACGAAAAACAUUGUCAUUCAUCAGAUAUUACUAAACAAACUAGUGAAACGAAAGAUCAACCAGUCGUUGAAGAGAUUGAGAAUAAUAAUAUUUCAACAACUAAAUCUGAUACUAAUGAAGAAACGAAACCCACUGAUGAUGAUGUUGUUAUAGACAAGAGCACAGCAACUGAAGCAAAACCAUCAUCAUCUGAAUCUAAAUUACCAGCACGACGUCCUAGAAAACCAGUUUCUACUGAUUCAGCAAUACCAUCAACGACAACUAUUCAAUCUGAUUCUUUAACACGACAUUUACUUGGUGAUA